AUCGAACUACUUUCUUGAUUAUUCAUUCACAUCAAUGAAUUCUGAAUGUUAACUCAAAAUAAUCUACAAUAAAUGUAUGAUGAGAAAUUAGAUAAGUUAAAAGAGAGCGAGAGAGUAUGAAGAUGGAAGAAUAUGCGAGAGAGACAGUUUUAAUCCAUUUCAUGAAGUGCUAAACUUAAACACACCUAUAAAAGGGGCCACGUAUUUGGCCGACCAGUAAAUUGAUUAGAUUGAGCAACCUAUUUUAUGAACCUGACUACCAUAUUUUUGUAUGCAAAAUACCUUUUAGGAUGCAUAUAGCGAUGUACUUAAAUGUACAUAUACAAGUGUGUUAUACUUGAUCAUAAGCCCACACAUAUAUGUGCAUGGUAAAAAAAAAUAUAGAAUUUGAUUCACUACUGAAUUUCAUCCAAGAAAAUGGGUUUAACAUUUACAAUCCCAAAAUUCAUUCUAUUUUGCUUAAAUUUUCUACUUGUGAUCAUUGGGUUGGCAUUAAUUGCUGUCGGUUCAUGGGUUACAGCAAAUGAUCAAAGUUUUGUUGAUACAGUUCAAUAUUUUUCGUCAUACAAUGCAAUUGAAUUACAAUUAUACCAAGGAACAAGUUUAAUACGUUAUUUCAGUUAUGCUGUGAUUAUAAUUGGCUCAUUAUUAGUAGUCAUUAAUUUUGUCGGUUGUUGGGGUGUAGUAAUCGAAAAUCGAGGAUUACUUAUGGCAUUCGCUGGUUUGAUGAUUACCCUAGUUCUACUUGAAUGUGGAGCUACUGCAGCGAUGGGUGGCACACAAAGUUUGUGGAAGGAAGAUUAUGAGAAAUCGAUUACAAGUCGAUUUGUAUCUAAAUACCGUGGAACAUUUGGAGCUUUUGCAAUUUCUGAAUUUGAAGAAUAUUCAUUAAAAAUGGAUCAAUUGAUGAUUGAACUUGAAUGUUGUGGAUUACAAGGUUCUCAAGACUUUUCAAACACAAAAUCGCGUUGGUAUCAGGAAGGUCGAAAAUAUUCAGAUGGUACUACUGGUGAUGCGAUUAAAAUUCCUCCAGCAUGCUGUAAAUAUACUUCAAAAGAUUUUUGGAGAAAAGCUGAUUAUGAAAAAUUUCAAGACAACCUUAAAGAUAAAGAUUGUGUAAAAACAACAAAUGAAUCAAAUAUGAACGUUGGUUGUUUAGCUGCAGCAAAAACUAAAACACAGAAAACAGCCCUCCCAUUCAUAGCUAUUCCAAUUAUACUUUUCCUGUUACAGAUUGCUACUAUCGGGAUCUCCAUUUUUUUAAUUUGCCGAAUUCAAAAAUGGGAUAAUGAACUCUACUAUUAAAGAUCAUUUUCACUUUUAAUAAAAUAGAUGUAUGUAAAACUUGAAAAGUAUUAUAAAUAAAAAAGAAGAACAUUUUUAACGAUUAAGUAUGGUUAUUAUUAUUAUUAUUAUUAUAUCAGUCUUUAAUCUGUUCGUCUCAUCGGAAUGAAAUACAGAAAAACCGGUUAGACGAUAUAUCAUAUUGAAUGUUCGUAUUCUUAACAUUUAAUUUAAUCAAUCUUUUGUUUAAAAUGAUAUUUGUAAAUGUAUGUGUGUGCAUGUGUGUACUUGUAUGGAUAGAUGUUUAUUUGCUUUUCUGUUAUAAUUAAGUAUUUAAUCAUUUUGGUUUAUACAGCCUUCAAACAUUUCAAUGUUUGAUAGGCUAGAUUGUUUUAUAACGGCAUAUAAACGUAGGCGCACUUUUUUCUUUUGGUGUUAUUACUUUGACCUAUAUAUACUUCAUAUUCAAAUAAUUGAUUUCUUCAAAUUAAUGUUAUUGAAAUAAAUGUUGUGCCUCAAGAUCAUGGAACU